AUGGAGCACCUGACAGUUCUCGCUCUGGCAAUUGCCGUUUGCUUAGCUCUUUGUGACGCUUCCCCACUGAUGACAACGCCAGAUGACCGUCAAAUAGCAGAGGAUGACCGACUCGGGAUCCCGGCUCUGAAUGGGGUUGGAGAAUCUGAAGAUAAACCUGAGCCAAAGUCUGAGCCAAAACCAUUUUCUGGACUGAACGACGCACCUGAGCCAUGCAAUCCUGACUUAGUGUUUGAUGCAGCAACCAGCAUUUUGGGAGAACUGUACUUCUUUAAAAAUAGAUACUACUGGAAGAAAGGAUAUUACAGUGGACUUUCACAGCAUAAAAUAAGCUCUUUGUGGCCCUGUAUUUAUUCUGUUGAUGCUGCUUAUACAUUGAAGGACACAACCACUACCGUCCUCUUUAAAGGUCAGCAGUACUGGGUUGUCAAAGGCAGCGAAGUCUAUCCUGGAUAUCCCCAACCCAUUUCCAACUUUGGGUUUCCCUCUUAUGUGAAAAAGAUUGAUGCAGCCGUAUAUGUGGCAUCCACUGACGAAACACUUUUCUUUGUUGGAAGCAACUAUUGGAGCUUCAAUGAACAGAUAGGUAUACCGGACUUUCCUAAAAACAUUCAGCUUCAUAUACCUGGAAUUGGGUCACGUGUGGAUGCUGCGUUUGAAAAUGGUGGUUACCUGUAUUUCUCAAACGGUGCACGCCAAUUUGAGUAUGACUUCAGCGCAAAACGAGUGAAUCGUGUUCUGUUGAAUUAUGAUUGGUUGAACUGCUACUAAACAUAAAUAACAGAAAAUAUAUACAUUCUAACUUUAUAUAUCUUUAUACUAUGAUUUAUGGGUGGUUUUCUGGACAGGGUCUGUAGGCUUUAGUUACUGUAUAUUAUCACAUUUAAGUAGAUUUUA